AUGAUUGCUUGGCUGAUCUCUCUGAGAAGUAUUGAAAUAAUACUUUUGGCAAUGCCUUGCCAGAGUUUCCACAUUGAACCUGAAGAAGGUAGCAUUGCAGGGGGAACGUGGAUCACAGUCAUUUUUGAUGAUUUGGAGUCCAGUCUCCUUUAUCCCACCAAUGGUUCUCAGCUGGAAAUACACCUGGUGAAUGUGGCUGUGCCUGCACUGCCCAGCAUCCCCUGUGAUGUCUCCCCUGUCUUCCUGGAUUUGCCGGUGGUGAUGUGCAAGACCAGGUCUCUGCUGUCCCAAGUACAUGAGGGCAUGUACCACCUCGAAGUGCACUCUGGGGGACAGGUGGCAGGCAGCCCAACUGCAGGACUACCAGACAGCUGUUCUUUCAAGUUUUCCAGGGCACAGACACCCAUUGUUUACCAAGUGAGUCCACCAAGCGGAGUUCCAGGACAACUAAUACAUGUGCAUGGCUGGAUUAUCACUGGACAAUUGGAAACCUUUGAUUUUAAUGCUGAGUACAUUGAUAGCCCAUUGAUCUUGGAAGCUCAAGGAGACUACUGGGUCACUCCUUGCUCUCUUGUAAAUAGGCAGACUGGAAGCUGCUACCCCCUUCAGGAAGACCAUGGUCUUGGCACUCUGCAGUGCCGUGUGGAAGGCAACUAUAUUGGUUCCCAGAAUGUUAGUUUCUCAGUAUUUAACAAAGGAAAGUCAAUGGUCCAUAAGAAUGCAUGGCUGAUCAGUGCUAAACAGGACCUUUUCCUGUACCAGACAUACUCAGAAAUACUGUCUGUGUUUCCAGAAACUGGGAGCCUUGGGGGAAAAACAGACAUCACAAUUACAGGGGACUUCUUUGACAUCCCUGCCCAGGUUACCAUUGCAGGCAUUCCAUGUGAUGUGAGACACGUGUCUCCCAGGAGGAUUGCGUGCACCACUAGGGCCCCUGGAGAAGGUGCAAGGCUCACUGCUCCUCAGGCAGGCAACCGGGGGCUUCUUUUUGAGGUUGGAGAUGCUGCUGAGGGCUUGGACCUGACUGAAGCCACCCCUGGGUACCGGCGGCAGAUUGUCCCUAACGCCAGUUCUCCAUUUGGAUUUUGGUCAAAGGAAGGGCAACCUUUCAGAGCACGGCUCAGUGGGUUCUUUGUGGCCCCAGAAACAAAUAAUUACACUUUCUGGAUCCAGGCAGACAGCCAAGCUUCCCUGCAUUUCAGUCGGUCAGAGGAUCCCAGGACCAAGGUGAAGGUGGCCUCCAUCAGGUUGGGCACUGCUGACUGGUUUGACUCCUGGGAGAAUGGGAAUGAUGAAGGCACCUGGCAACGGAAGUCCCCCAAGUUGGAGCUGCUCGGGGGAGCCAGGUACUACCUGGAGGCAGAGCAGCGUGGGAGAGCCCCCAGCGGGGGCAUGAGAAUUGGUGUCCAGAUCCACAACACCUGGCUGAAUCCCGAUGUGGUCAGCACCUACCUGCGGGAGAAGCAUCAGAUCCGAAUCCGCGCUGGGAGACUUCCGGAGAUCCAGAUGCUAACUGUGUCUGGAAGUGGGAGCUUCUUCCUUACUUGGGACAAUGUCUCCAGCCAGCCUAUCCCUGCAAAUGCCACAGCCCAUCAGAUUCAAACAGCCAUUGAAGAGUUACUUGCAGUCAAAUGCCAGCUGGAACCCUUUUCGGCUAACAUCUUACUCCGAGUUGGAUUUGAACAAGGCCCAGAAGGUUCCAGCUUUGAUGGGGACCUCACCAGUGGGACAGAGCCCUUCUGUGGGAGGUUCAGCCUCUGCCGGCCUCGACACCUUGUCCUCACACCCCCUGCUGCCCAGCACGGCUACCGGCUGGACCAGUACACACAGCUGUGCAUUGCAUACAAAGGCCACAUGAAUAAGACCCUGAAGGUGACCGUGUCUUUCACAAUCGAUCUUCAAAACAUCAUUAAGAACAUCACCUGUGACUGGAGUCUCAUCGGAACCAGUCCCGAAAGCUGGCGAUUCACUUGCACUAACCUCUGGAAGACUUGUGUGCAUCGCUCCACGCAUCUCCAGAGGCCUCUGGCAAACUCCCCGGUGCUGGUUCAUCGAAUUGACCUCUUCCCUCUGGCUCUGGAGACGGGCCUGUUCUGUGUGGAUGAAGUUAUUAUUGCAGACACAAACCUAACAGUUUCUCAGGCUGAUUCUGGAACAGCUCGCCCAGGCGGGAAUCUGGUGGAAUCACUCUCUGUGGUGGGAUCCUCUCCAGUCUACAAUGUAACCUCCUGGUUGGCAGGGUGUGUCUCAGAGCUCCCGCUCAUCACUGCAAGCGCUGUGCCCACCGAAGGAGCAGAAGAAGGAUCCGGGUUGGUCCAGGUGGCAACGCAGAGACUUCAGAGAACAAGUCCACCUUUAGGAGGACACUUUUGCAUCCACCUUUCUAAUACAGUGAUUCCUGAUGUUCCUGUACGUAUUUCAGCUAGUCACCUUCGCAAGCUCUUACAGAACAAUGCUGAUGACGUCACAUCCAGGUAUCUCAAUGUCAGUGACUUCACUGUGAAGGAGGAUCUGAAGUCUUGCUACGAACAUGUAUGGACUCUCUCGUGGUCCACCCAGGUUGGGGAUUUGCCCAAUUUCAUCCAGGUCUCUGAUGAAAAUCUAACCGGAGUGAACCCUGCUGCAACCACUCGUGUGGUAUAUGAUGGUGGAGUUUUUCUUGCACCCAUAUUUGGAGACAUGUUGGUUACUGCCAACCAGCACACUCAGGUAGUUGUGCAAGUGAAUGACAUACUAGCUCAUUGCUCAGGUUCCUGUUCUUUCCAGUAUCUUGAAGGGUCAACUCCCCGAGUCCACUCUGUGUGGUAUUCCCUUGAUGGUGACAUGGACCUACUGGUUUAUAUUACUGGAACUAGUUUCUCGGAGGACUCCCAGGCCUUGCAGAUUACAGUGAAUAAAACAAGUUGCAAAGUUAUUUUCUCAAACCAGACAGAUGUGGUCUGCCAGGCAGACCUGCUACCUGUCGGAGUGUAUCAGAUCUCAGUGCUGGUGAGACCCUUGGGUCGUGCCAUCAAUGCCAGUGGAGGAGGCCUCUUCCUGAAUGUGGAACCCAGACUGGACGCUGUGGAGCCUCCACGAGCUGCAGAGAUCGGAGGACUCUGGGCCACCGUCCGAGGCUCCGGUUUGGAAGAUGUCAGCCUCGUUUUAUUUGGAUCUCAGUCUUGUGCCAUCAAUGUCACCACAAGCAAUUCACGGAGAAUUCAAUGCCAAGUUCCACCCAGAGGGAAAGACGGAUCCAUUGUGAAUGUGACGGUGAUCAGAGGGGACCAUUCUGCAGUUCUUUCCAUGGCAUUUACAUAUGUUCCUUCUUUAAAUCCAGUGAUCAUGUCUCUGAGCAGAAACAAAAGUAACAUAGCAGGAGGUGAGACCCUUUUCAUCAGCGUGGCGCUGCCGGUGGACUACUUGGAUUUGCGUGUGGAAGUCCACAUCCAGGAUUCCUUGGCUCAGGUUCAUGCGGAGACUGCCCAGGGCCUGGAGGUGGUGCUGCCCCCGCUGCCAGCUGGCCUCCACAGAAUCUCAGUCUCCAUCAACGGGGUCAGCAUUCGUGCACAAGGCGUGGAUCUUCACAUCCAGUACAUCACAGAAGUUUUCAGCAUCGAGCCUUGCUGUGGGUCCCUCCUGGGUGGAACCAUCCUCACCAUCGCAGGAGCAGGGUUCAGCAGGGACCCAGCUUUAAUUUGGGUGCUUGUGGGCAAUCGGUCCUGUGACAUUGUGAACUUAACAGAGACAAACAUCUGGUGUGAGACGCCCACCGUCCUGCCACCUGAGGCAGACGUCCUCACUGUCCCAGCCCCCGUGGAGGUCUGGACUGGCAACAGGUCCUUCACCCAGGCACCUGGACCACACCUGGUGGGCAAGGGCUUCACCUUCACGUACGCGGUGGCAACAACGCCAGUGGUCACUGCCGUGCGAGGAGAAUUCACAAACAGCAGCCUGAGCCUCUACGUGGAAGGAAAUAACCUCUCCAACUCAGUGAUGCUUCUGGGGGACUUGAACUGCGACCUAGAGACACAGUCUUUCGGGAACAACGUGAGCCUGUCCGGGUGCUCCUUUCCUCUCCACGGUUUGGAGGCCGGUGCCUAUCCCCUUCAAGUACGUCACAAGCAGAUGGGCUUUGCUAACAUGUCUGCGGUGCCCCAGCAAUUUGUGGUGACACCGCAGAUAAUGGCCAUCUCGCCAGCCAAGGGUUCUGCUUGUGGUGGGACGGUACUCACGGUGAGCGGGUUGGCUCUCAACUCCAGGAGGAAGUUGGUUCAGGUGGACCUUUCGGGUCCCGUUACUUGUGCGACUUUGAGCUUGGGGGACCAGACAAUCCUGUGCCAGGUUGACCUGCUGGGUGACUCCUUGUCUGGUGCUUCCUUCACCCUGAACGUCUCAGUCCUGGUCAAUGGGCUCCCCAGCGAGUGCCAGGGUAAUUGCACCCUUUCCUUGAGGGAAGAGACAACUCCUGUCGUGGAUGCCUUGACCACUAACAUCAGUGGGUCUCUGACUUCAGUGCUGAUUAGAGGUCAGAGGUUAGGCACCACAGCCGAUGAGCCAGUGGUGUAUUUGGAUGAUCAUCUUCCUUGUAUUGUAACCUUCUUUAAUGCAAGCCACAUCACAUGCUGGAUAAGUGACUUGAGCCCGGGACUCCACUACCUAUCAGUUGUUCAUUCAAGAAAUGGGUAUGCUUGUUCUGGUAACGUUUCCAGACACUUCUCUAUUUUGCCUCAGGUGUUGGAUUAUUUCCCCAAGAAUUUCAGCACACAUGGCGGAGGCCUUUUGACCUUAGAGGGCACCGCCCUAAGAGGGCUGAACUGCACGUUGGUCUACAUUGGGCAGCGGGCCUGCCUGACGGUGACCAUCAGCGCGGAGCUCAUCCGGUGCAUUGUUCCUGCAGGGAAUGGCUCUGCUGUCCUGGACAUAGAGGUGGAUGGACGUUCGUACCAGAUGGGAGUCAUUGAUUAUAGCAGCACCUUCACCCCGGAAUUGCUCUCUGUUUCUCACACUGGUGACGUCUUAACCUUUGUGGUGGCCCGGAUCUCAGGAGCUGAGAACGUUGACAUUUUUAUCGGGGUGUCACCCUGUGUGGGUGUCUCUGGCAACUGCACGGUUCUCCAGUGCGUGGUCCCAGUCCUUGCUGCCGGGGAGUACCAAGUCAGAGGUUAUGACCACAUAAGAGGGUGGGCCUCAUCCGUCCUGGUGUUCACAUCGAGAGUUACUGUCACGGCAGUGGCUGAGAGCUUUGGCUGCCUGGGUGGACGGCUUGUGCAUGUGUUUGGAGCAGGAUUUUCUCCAGGGAACAUCUCAGCUGCCGUGUGUGGUGCUCCCUGCCAAGUCCUGGCUAACGCUACAGUGUCUGCCUUCAGCUGCUUGGUUCUUCCCCUGGAUGUGUCCCUGGCUUCCCUGUGUGACCUGAAGCAUGAGCAGGAGAGCUGUGAAGCUGCCAGUCACACCUACGUGCAGUGUGAUUUGACUGUCACUGUGGGGGCAGAGAGACUGCCCGAAUCAUGGCCUUACCUCUACAUUUGUGAAGAAAGUUCCCAAUGCCACUGGACAGAAUCAGCCUUUCCAUUGUUCUCAGGCCUCUUCGUCAGCCCUAAAGUGGAAAGAGAUGAAGUUCUCAUCUAUAAUAGCUCCUGUAACAUUACCAUGGAAACUGAGGCAAAGAUGGAGUGUGAGACGCCUAAUCAGCCAAUUACCGCCAAGAUUACUGAGAUACGGAAAAGCCGGGGCCAGAACACUCAGGGCAAUGUUUCCUUUCAUUUCUGCCGGAGGUGGUCAAGGGCUUACAGCUGGUUUCCUGAACGGGCGCCACAAGAUGGCGACAAUGUCACGGUGGAGAAUGGCCAACUGCUCCUGCUAGACACCAACACAAGCAUUCUCAACUUCCUGCACGUUAAAGGAGGCAAGCUGAUUUUCAUGGAUCAAGGAACCAUUGAGCUCAGGGCACACUCCAUCCUUGUUUCUGAUGGUGGAGAGCUCCGGAUUGGAUCUGAGGACAAGCCCUUCCAAGGCCAAGCUGAGAUCACACUGUAUGGGAGUUCCCACUCUACUCCCUUUUUUCCAUAUGGAGUCAAGUUCCUGGCUGUGAGGAAUGGAACUCUUUCCCUGCAUGGUUCACUACCAGAAGUAAUUGUCACUCAUCUUCGAGCAGCUGCCUCUGCCCGUGACACAGUGUUGGCUCUAGAAGAUGCUGUGGACUGGCACUCUGGGGAUGAAGUUGUCAUCAUCAGUGGAAUGGGUGUUGAAGGUGCCAGACCCAUGGAAGAGAUUGUCGUUGUGGAAACUGUGCACAAUGCAGACCUGUAUCUGAGAUCACCCUUGAGAUAUUCUCACAACUUCACAGAGAAUUGGGUAGCUGGAGAACACCAUAUUCUAAAGGCCACAGUGGCCCUGCUCAGCAGGAGGAUUAUCAUACAAGGAAAUCUCACCAGUGAGAGGACAAAGUUCCUUGCUUCAUGCCAGGAGGCUAACACUUCAGAAGGUAAUUUGCAGCACUGUUUGUAUUCCAAGAGUGAGAAGAUGCUGGGAUCCAGGGACCUGGGGGCCAGAAUCAUUAUUCAGUCGGUCCCAGAGGAGCCCAGCCGGGUACAGUUGCAGGGAGUGCAGUUCCGGAACUUGGGGCAAGCCUUCCAAAAGCAUCUGAGCUCUCUGACUCUGGUGGGAGCUAUGAGAGAUUCCUACAUACAGGGCUGCACUGUGUGGGGCUCCUUCAGCCGAGGCCUCAGCAUGUCCGGGACCUUGGGCCUGAAGGUGGACAGUAAUGUGUUCUACGAUAUUUUAGGCCACGCACUGCUGGUGGGUACACACGUGGAGACAAGAUAUAUCCCUUGGGAGGCUAUUCCUGGAAGGAAAAAUGACAGGUCAGAACAAGGAAAUACAGUAAGAAACAAUGUGAUCAUCAGUGUUUCUGGUGCUGAGGGACUCUCCAGUCCUGAAAUGUUGACACCAUCUGGUGUCUAUAUCCGCAACCCCACCAAUGUUGUAGAGGGAAACACAGUGUGUGAUGCUGGUUUUGGCUACUUUUUCCAUCUUGUGACCAACCAAACUUCACAAGCUCCACUUCUCUCCUUCACUGGGAAUAUUGCACAUUCUUGUACAAGAUAUGGACUCUUUGUCUACCCUAAGUUUCAGCCACCUUGGGACAAUGACACUGGCCCCACCCUGUUCCAAAACUUCAGGGUUUGGGGAAGUGCAGGUGGUGUGCAGAUUUUUAGAAGUAGCAAUCUUCACCUGAAAAACUUCCAAGUUUAUUCAUGCAGAGAUUUUGGAAUUGAUAUCUUGGAAAGUGAUGCAAAUACUUUAGUUACUGACAGCUUAUUCCUUGGUCAUUUUGCUCACCAGGGAAGCCUGUGUAUGUCAGCAGGGAUCAAAACUCCCAAAAGAUGGGAACUGAUGGUAUCUAACACAACUUUUGUUAAUUUUGAUCUUACUGGCUGCGUGUCCAUCAGAACCUGUUCGGGCUGUUCCCGAGGACAGGGUGGAUUUACUGUGAAGACCAACCAGUUAAAGUUUACAAACUCUCCCAACGUAGUAGCAUUUCCAUUUCCUCAUGCAGCAAUUUUGGAAGACGUGGAUGGGUCUCUGUCUGGGAAAAAUGGAAGUCACAUUCUUGCUUCCAUGGAAACCCUCUCAGAUUCUUGUUCGGUCAGUGCCAGAUUCAGUCAGAUUGUCCCUGGCAGUGUCUGUGGGGAAGAUGUUUUCUUUCAUCGUAUGUCUAUUGGAUUAACUAAUGCUCCGGAUAUUUCUUAUGACUUAACCUUGACUGACAGCAGAAAUAAGACAACCACUGUCAACUAUGUGCGUGACACAUUGUCUAACCCUGAUGGCUGGAUGGCUCUCCUCUUGGAUCAAGAGACCUACUCACUGCGAUUUGAAACUCCUUGGACCAACAGAUCUCUGCAGGGAAUUUAUUCAAUGUACUCAGCAACAUUUGACAACUUUGCUCCUGGGAAUUACCUCCGGCUGGUCCACACAGUCCUGUGGCCUUCCCCUGACAUCCUCAUACGGUGCGGGAGUCGAGCGGGGCGGUCGUUGCCCUCUCUUCCAUCGCCUGGUAAAGACCAAGGCUGUGAUUGGUUCUUCAAUAGCCAGCUGAGGCAACUCACCUAUCUGGUUUCAGGUGAAGGUCAAGUCCAAGUGAUUGUCCAGGUGAAGGAAGGUGUGCCCCCAACUAUUUCAGACAGGACUGUCCUUGUGGAUACAGACCUUCCAUUCCUCAAAGGUCUCUAUGUGAUGGGGACUUUAGAGUUCCCUGUGGACAGAAGCAACAUUCUGAGUGUGGCCUGCAUGGUCAUUGCAGGCGGGGAGCUGAAAGUCGGUACUUUGGAAAAUCCCUUACAAAAAGAACAAAAGCUUCUGAUUCUCCUUAGAGCCUCAGAGGGAGUCUUUUGUGACCGUUUCAAUGGAAUUCAUAUUGAUCCAGGAACAAUUGGAGUUUAUGGGAAACUUCAGCUUCACAGUGCUUAUCCCAAGAAAUCCUGGACACGGCUUGGGGCUGACAUUGCUUCAGGCAAUGAGAGAAUUAUAGUAGAGGACGCCGUGGAUUGGCGACCCCACGACAAAAUUGUGCUUGGCUCCUCUUCCUAUGAGCCUCAUGAAGCAGAGGUCCUCACUUUGAAAGAAGUUAAGGGUCACCAUGUUCGGAUCCAGGAGCGGCUCAAGCACCGGCACAUUGGAAGCGUACACGUCCUGGAGGAUGGCCCAUACAUUCGUUUGGCUGCUGAGGUUGGACUUUUGACCCGAAAUAUACAAAUCCAGUCUGAUACAUCGUGUAGGGGGAGACUGCUUGUGGGAUCCUUCAGGAAGUCUAGCAGAGAAGAAUUUUCAGGUGUCCUUCAACUACUAAAUGUAGAAAUUCAGAACUUUGGCUCACCAUUGUCUUCAUCCAUUGAAUUCACGAAUGUGUCGGCAGGAUCCUGGAUAAUAUCUUCUGCUCUGCACCACAGCUGUGGUGGGGGCAUUCGCGCAGUUGCCAGUCAUGGGAUCAUUUUAAAUGACAACAUAGUGUUUAGCACCGUUGGUCAUGGCAUUGAUUUGGAGGGUCAGGCCUAUUCUCUCUCUAAUAACCUUGUGGUUCUGAUGACACAGUCAGCGUGGUCCACUGUUUGGGUGGCAGGCAUCAAAGUGAACCAGGCAAAGGACACCACCCUCCGUGGUAAUGUCGUGGCAGGAUCGGAGAGACUUGGCUUUCACAUCCGAGGCCAGAGGUGUUCCCCUCUUGAAGCUCUUUGGUCUGACAAUGUGGCCCACUCAAGCCUUCACGGUCUUCAUCUCUAUAAGGAAAGUGGACUUGGCAACUGUACUAGAAUCUCUGGCUUUUUGGCUUUCAAGAACUUUGACUACGGUGCCAUGCUACAUGUGGAGAACAGCAUGGAGAUAGAGAACGUCACUCUGGUGGACAACGCUAUCGGUCUUCUGGCAGUAGUAUAUGUGUCUUCUGCUUCACAGCCUUCCAUCGAAAAUGUGCAGAUUGUGCUUAGAAACUCAGUCAUUGUGGCCACUAGCUCCUCUUUUGACUGCAUUCAGGACAGGGUUAAGCCUGGCUCUGCCAACUGGACAUUAAUGGACCGAGCUCCUUCCAACCCCAGAGGGGGUCGAGUUGGUAUUCUGUGGCCAGUGUUCACCUCAGAACCAAAUCGGUGGCCUCAGGAACCAUGGCACAAAGUGAGAAAUGGCCAUUCAGUUUCAGGAAUCAUGAAGCUUCAAGAUGUCACCUUUUCUAGUUUUGUGAAGAGUUGCUAUAGCAAUGACCUAGAUGUAUGCAUUCUGCCCAAUGCAGAGAACACUGGAAUCAUUCAUCCCAUAACAGCAGAGAGGACCAAAAUGCUAAAGAUCAAAGAUAAAAACAAGUUCUACUUUCCUCCUUUACAAACCAGGGAAGAUUUAGGAACACUGGUCUGCUCUGAAUCCGUUUGUGAAAAUCCAAGAAAAUAUCUCUUUAAGGAUCUUGAUGGGAGAGCCCUGGGUCUACCUCCACCCGUUUCUGUGUUUCCUAAAACUGAGGCAGAAUGGACUGGAUCCUUCUUCAACACAGGUACAUUUAGAGAAGAACAGAAAUGCACAUACCGAUCCCUGAUACAAGGCUACAUCUGCAAAGAGACUGACCAAGUGAUCUUAAUUCUUGACAUUGUUAAUGCCACUUGGGUAAUGAGGAAGUUAUAUCCUGUUGUUUCUGUGACUAGUAGUUUUGUUGACACCUUCAGUGGUGUAAAUGCCAAUACUUCCUGCUCUACUUCAGGGUCUGUAUCCACUUUCUAUUCCAUUUUACCCACCAGGGAAACCACCAAGGUCUGCUUUGUGGAUCAGACUCCUCACGUUUUGCGUUUUUUUCUAUUGGGGAACAAAAGUACCUCCAAACUUCUGUUGGCUGUAUUCUACCAUGAACUCCAGAGCCCCCAUGUUUUCUUAGGGGAAAGUUUCAUCCCACCUAUUCUGGUUCAAUCAACUUCCUCAUUGCUGGAUGAGUCUGUUGGUUCCAACUAUUUCAGCAUCAUGGAUAACCUCUUGUAUGUUGUUCUACAAGGAGAGGAGCUGGUUGAAAUACGCUCAGGUGUUUCCAUUCAUUUGGCCUUCACUGUGCUGUUUUCAGUCCUAGAAAAAGGCUGGGAAGUGGUGACCCUUGAAAGACUAACUGAAUUCUUACAGAUUAGCCAAGACCAAAUUAGAUUUAUUUAUGAUAUGCCUGGCAAUGAAGCAACCUUAAAGGCCAUUGCUGACCAUAGAGCAAAAAGAAAGCGCAAUUGCCCAACUGUACCUUGUACCAGUUAUUAUAGAGCUGGUCAACGUAGACCUCUCAUGACGGAAAUGAACUCAUACAGGGUUCCCCUACCAACCACCAUGGAAACUAUGUCAAAAGUGAUGGUCAUUGAAAUUGGUGAUCUGCCAACAGUAAGGAGCCCUGGGUGGAUUCCAUCCUUAUCAAGCGACAAAUUACAGAAUUUGGCUCACCAGGUUAUCACCGCUCAACAGACUGGAGUACUAGAGAGUAUGCUGAAUAUGACUAUUGGAGCCUUACUGGUGACUCACUCAGAGGGAGUCAUUGGCUAUGGAAAUACAAGCAAUUUUAAAACUGGAAAUUCGAUAUAUGUUCGGCCCUAUGCUCUUUCAGUCCUAGUCCAGCCUUCAGAUGGAGAAGUGGGGAAAGAACUUCCAGUACAACCACAGCUCAUUUUUCUGGAUAAGCAGAAUCGGAGAGUAGAGUCCUUGGGGCUGCCAUCAGAGCCUUGGGCCAUUUCUGUUUCCCUGGAAGGGACUUCAGAUUCAGUGCUGAAAGGGUGUACUCAGGCAGAAACUCGAGAUGGUUAUGUGAGCUUCUCCAACUUGGCAAUUUUGAUUUCUGGGUCAAAUUGGCACUUUCUUUUUACUGUCACUUCCCCUCCAGGAACCAAUUUUACGACUCGAUCCAGGCCAUUCGCCAUCUUACCUGUGACUCGGUCAGAGAAGUCGACCAUCAUCCUGUCUGCCUCCCUGUGCUCAGUGGUCUCAUGGCUGGCUCUGUGCUGUCUGGUGUGCUGUUGGUUUAAGAAAAGCAAAAGCAGAAAAAUAAAGAGUGAAGAUAUUUCUGCAUCCCAGACUAAUGAUCAAAAGAAUCAUGUCCAUGUCUCAUCUAAACGCCAAGGGUCACAGGUAGAGACUGAAAAAGAAGACCCCAUUGUGGGAGAAGGAGAGUUAAUGAGUUUCCACUGUCAAUUUGAGAGGCAGGAGAAUGUGACAAUUCAGGACAUGAAACUCAGGAGUCAGAUGAACUGGGUUUCAUCCUGA